AUGACGAACAACAACGACAAUAAUCGACGCGAUCACACCCGACCCGAAGACAACCCCUUCAUCGCCUUCCGCCGUUUCGCCGAUUCCCAGGUCUCGUCGCUCCUCAACACCGUCUUCACGCUUCCCGCCACCAUCGCGAACUACAACAACGCGCAUCACGCCCGCGAGCAGUGUCUUUUUGGCAAGGCCGACGAACGGCAGUGUGCCAAGCUUCGCGACAUUGAAGCUGACAUUGCCGAGCUGCGAAAUGAAAGCCGAGAGUUGUUCAGGAUUGGCCAUGUCCAGGCUGUGUUGCGCAAUAGUGAAACCCUCAUGAAGCUCGAUCGCAAAGCCGACGAGAUAAGAAAAGAGAUACUUGGCGAUGUAACAAAGAGCGAUGAGCUGCAGACCGCGCGACAGAACGAUGCUGGCCUCGUCGAAAGGGUGGCCAACGAGAAGGGUCAGGAGUGGGGAUGGUCGUGGGACUGGGGCUUUCCUCGACCGUUCGACAACGAAAACAGGGGCUCGUCGGCAGCCUCUGACGAAGAUGGGGCUAGGGAGUGGAUGCAAUUAGAAACAUUGCUGCGGAUGCAGGCAGAAGCGAGAAGAUUGGCCGAGGAGUUCAAGGACAAGGCUUGGGACGAUCCUGUGACAGACGUCGCAAAGUUCGACAACUACAACGAAUCUCGCCCAGAAGACGGAAAGCCCCAGGUGUGGACAUGGUCCAAAUCCUGGCAAUGGCCGCCGCCAGCAGAUGCAUCGCAGAUCGAUGACGCUGCCUAUUCUCCGCGCACACUCGAGCAGAACCGCGACAUGGACAAGGCCGGCGUGCCUUGGCAAGCGGCCUACGAAGAUCUUCUACGAGCCGAACAGGCCGAAUCUCCACACUGUAUGAGGGGCAGCGAAUGGAGAGCCUGGGGAAGGAAGAGGACCCCACUGUUACAAGAGCGCAAGGAGACGUUCCAGGACAAAUCAAAGACCAGUCAUCCUAGCGUGGUGGAUGACGAUACAUCGGACAACUACUGGGUUCAUGGCAAGAUUCCCAUCACGCAACGCCAGCUGGAAGAAACCAUGGAUCGCGAUGAGGAGCCAAGCUGCCCUCACCUUGCAACGAGCGACGAGCCGAGCUACGAAUACAGCCACGAUCAUGAAGACCAGCACGAUGAUCUUCCCACGCCGAAGCAGGACCGGUUCCCCUACGCCGACACUGUCAGGCGUGACACAUACAAUACUGUUUUGCACGCAGCACACGAAAGGGAUGAGGAAGCAGAGACUGAGAUGGAUGUGUACGAGCGUAUGGACGCUGUGUCGCGAGGCCCAGCCUCAGCACCCGGGCCCACUUCGGUAUCAUCUGCGAUCGCUGAGCAGAUGAACGAGGCGAAGCCUUCAAUUCUUUCCACGCUUACGACGACCGAGCGAACUGUCGCGUCUGACGGCUCCAUAACAACCAAAGUGGUACUAAAGAAGCGGUUCGCGGAUGGACGAGAAGAAAGCUCAGAGACUGUACACACCCAGCGCGGCCAAGGAAAUGAUCAAACGCCACGCGAUCCUUGGAAGGCGUUCCACGAUACGCAAUUGGUACAGGCCGAGCCAAAGAAUGGAGAAAAGAAGAAGGGCAGCGGCUGGUUCUGGUCCAACUAG